GAUUUCAGUAAUUAAAUGCCGUGCAAAAACAAACUUAAACGUUAUAAAAUCAUUUCAAUGGAUAGUACAGAUGUAAAACAUUUGUAAUACUUUUUUAUCUUUAUCACUUUUAGCGGGCAUUGAAAAUUUCUUUUCAUGAUGCAGCGCAGCUGUUUUUCACGAUUGAAUAAGCACGCUAUCAAGAUGAAUCAUAUAACAACUAUCAAAACACAUUUUACAUGAAAAUAUUGCAGCUUUUAUCAUCGAUAAACUUAGGAAAAAAUUACUGAUUGUUCAUGCACAUGGUGUUUUUAUUUGUAAUAUAUCCCACGGUUUGACAUUCUUCGUGCUUUAAAUUAGGGAGAAAUGCUACACAUUGUUCUUGUGAAAUCUUGCUUCGGUAUGGUAUGGGACAAAACAACGCUCUGUCGCUCUAUCGUGUUGUGAUUUUCUAGUAUUUAAAUCCAUUUUUCCAAUUUUCAGUGUAAGGUGGUUUUGAAUAAAUGAAAUCAAUAUAAGCUGUCCUAUUUUCCGAUUUCGACUGUCUGUAAUGGCGUAGACGAAUAUCUAUGUCAGUAACAUAAAUCUCUUACACACUGCCAUAAUAAACACGACAAUAAAUAAGUAAACAUUUAUUAAUAACCGUUAAGCUCACUCAAAAAAUAAUUAUCACUUAAAUAAUGAAAUAUGAAUACAAAAAUCUACAAGGGAGAGCAGAAUGCAGCCUCCGACAGCAUUCAGGAACCACUUAGCUGUCCAACAGAGUAACAAAGAGAAAUCAAAUCUAUUUAUACAGUUUCUUAUCCCUGUCAGACUAUAAAAUGGAAUGUCAGAUUGGCCUUUUUACAAGUUAAGAAAUUUAAGUUCUCCGUAAAAUGCAAUUGUCGCACAGUCUGAACGGGGUUUAUGAUAAAAACGCAGCAAGAAGGGAAUUUAGUGACCGUAAUUUAGAUCUAGAAUAAUAUAACAAUGUAAGAUAGAUGGGAGAAAUAGUCUGUUAUAAUGACUGCACCUCUAACAUUAUAAGUUCCAUGAUAAUCGAUGUAUUUUGCUCACAUCUGUGACUGUUAAAUUUAAACUUAUAACAUUAUUAUGCAUUAGUGAUGAAUUCUGUUUAAACCGACGCAAGGGAGCACUUGCACUUACGGUACUCAUGAGUAAUUAUGUUUCAGAUAUACCGUUUCGGGCGUGUUUAGGGGAUUCCGUUUUUUUUUCUUUUCUUUUCUUUACAAUGCUUGCUUGCUUGCCGAAUAUUGUAUUGAUAAUCAUUUUCUGUUUGUUACGAUUCGGUAUAAUUUUAUCAGUAGGUUUAUUAUGGUACUAUAUACUAGUAUAUCACCCGUAAAAUAAAAAGAAACAUUAUUUGUACAAAUACUAAAUAAUUUAAAAUGUAUACUAAAAAUGUUUCCUUCCAUAAUUCUUUUACGUUCCUAAUUGUCAUAUCAAUAUACAUGUAUAAAUAAAGUCAGUGGCAGAGAGUGGCAAUAGCAGCCAUAAGCAGUAAAACAAGAAGGCAAACCCCAAUUGAUACAUGUUGUGUAUCAAAAAUAGUACUUGUACGGACUAUUUGCAACCAUUUCAUUUUAGGUUAAACACAUAGGUACUUUUUAAUAGUAUUUAAUAAAACACACAUUUUGUUAAAAAAUAAUGUAUAGAUUUAUUUUGCCGAUAUUUUUUUUUAAUUUAAUCUUCAUGCGUAACCCACCCUUACCUGUUAGACGCACUGGUAGCUACACCUGAUUAUAUUACGGUGACGUCACAACAUGUCAGCCGAAGAUAUUGUAGCCAGUAAAAAUUUGUGCAUUCAGACAGGUACAUUUUGGGGGGGGGGGGGGGAGAAGUUAGUACUAGAAUUUAUAUUCUUUUGAUUUUAGAAGACCUUGAAGUUACUUUCAGGUUCAAACACUAAAAUCAGUCAAAACUAUCGAUAUUGUUGCCGGUAGAUUUUCCGAGUAACGGUUUGACCGUUUCCGUAAUGUUGAUAUAUCGACCGUUUCCGUAAUAUUGAUAUAUGCCACUGACAUAAAAGUGCCAGGCAACCAACUUGGCGGACGUUUUGUAUCUUAUGUUUUAGGUCAUGUUAGAAGAUUGGUAAUGGCGAUUGAUCAACAAAAAUACACAGUGACAUGUGGCGAUGCUUCAGACCUGAAAUUAAAAGUGAAACUAAAGGAGCUCCGCAACAAUUGGGUUUUAAUGUUUGCUAUGAUAAACAUUCUGUGGACAAUACUUAUUUCAACGCUAGCAGACAUGGGAAAACUACUAGAAGGUGUAUUUGGAAGUAAUCCGACUGGUUUUGCUGUGCUUUUUGUAUAUGGGUCUGUACUCGUAAUCCAAUUCUUGGCAAUGGUAAUCCACAGAAUAUCCACGUUUCUGCACUUUUUGGGGACUAUUCCAUACAUUUGCGGAAAAGCUUAUCAUAGCAGUUGGGUAUUUCCUACUAAAAGCGAGUCAACUGAUGAACAGUCCGAAACCCAGUACAGAGGAUAAUAAACCUGACAGAAACAUUUCAAUGGAGGAACAGCCUAUACUUUCAUUUACUUCACAGACAAGUAACAGAUCCAAUACACCUGUAUGAAAAUAUUGAAAUUACAAUGGAAGAGUAAAAGGACUACAUAAAUGUAUUGGUUCUUAUAGGAAAAUUUAACUCGGCUUCCUUCUAAAAGCAUUAACAAAGACGAACUUGGCUGUAUUCAAAUUGUUUCGAAAACGUUCAAUAUUUCAAUGACAUAAAGAGUGCAAACAUGAAGUGAUAAAUUACAGUUUUUACUUUUAUGAAAAGCCAUCGUUAUUCUCUUGUUUAAAUUCAAUUGUGCUAUUGAAAAACUCUGAGAAAUAAAAGAUUCUUAACUAUUUAAAUUUACUUAAACAUUUCUGAUAGACAAAAUGAUCAUGUUAAUGUUUCAAUAUAUUUCAGUUUUCAUUGGCUGUUAAUUAUAGCUUAUAAAUAUGUAAUUCCUUAUUAGAUGUUAUGUAAUGCAUUUUUGUUAAGCUGAUUGCACUCUUUAGUUUAUGUUUCAAAGAUAUGUGCUUUGAAGGUUAAUUAUAGAAUCAAUUUUAUUCCAGUACAGAGGAUAAUAAACCUGACAGAAACAUUUCAAUGGAGGAACAGCCUAUACUUUCAUUUACUUCACAGACAAGUAACAGAUCCAAUACACCUGUAUGAAAAUAUUGAAAUUACAAUGGAAGAGUAAAAGGACUACAUAAAUGUAUUGGUUCUUAUAGGAAAAUUUAACUCGGCUUCCUUCUAAAAGCAUUAACAAAGACGAACUUGGCUGUAUUCAAAUUGUUUCGAAAACGUUCAAUAUUUCAAUGACAUAAAGAGUGCAAACAUGAAGUGAUAAAUUACAGUUUUUACUUUUAUGAAAAGCCAUCGUUAUUCUCUUGUUUAAAUUCAAUUGUGCUAUUGAAAAACUCUGAGAAAUAAUAUAUUCUUAACUAUUUAAAUUUACUUAAACAUUUCUG